UCCGUCUCCCUGUCCAUCUUUUUGAGACUCAAACGUCUAUCACAAAUUAUCAAUUACUUCUCUUCAGCAUCAUACUGUACACUUUUUAGUGAGUUGAUACCGAGAGGGUUACAGAUAUUAGAAGAUUCAGUCUGGUUUAUCAACACUCAAGUGAUUCGAGAAUAUUGCGCCCACAACCCACACUUCACAGCCACAAUCCACGAAUUACUACUGGUUAGGCUCGCUAUCCUUAGCUUUGUUCCUGACUUGUACCGUACGUGACUACCAUCGCCGCGAUCACCUCUUUAUCCAAUCAUUGCAAUUCACGGCACAUCGCCUUGAUUCUCAUCAGAUCUAAAGUUUUCACACCCUACAGCGAUAAUAUUCAAGAUGCAGUCCAGACGAUCAGGGGUUCCUCGACCCCUCCCACUCCGACUUGCCUCAGACUCAACCGUCUCUACGAAUCAGUCAAGUCUCGCUCCGUCAAUCUCACCCUACAAAAGUUCUUUUGUAGGCUCUUUAACAUCUCCAGCCAGUGUCAAUAUGGGUCAGAGGCCUAACAGCAAUACUUCUGUGGCUUCGGGCACGUCUGCUGAAUCAGAAGCUGUAGUCAAAGAUGAACUCGAUAGGCUGGGGUAUCGGUACUCUCUGCGAGUCGCCGUGCUCCACCAUCACUUACUAAAUGCUGCUUUAGCACCCAGCAAAAGACUCUCAUCUUCGUCUUCGAUGACCCACCGCUCUUACCUCCCUGGUACAUCCGCUCCGCCUUUGCCCUCACCUCCAGCUACCGGUAUUUCUCCCAACGGUUCGCACAUCACCACCUCUGUGUACAGCACCCCCCCUCAUACACCCGAACCGCCUUCGCCCGGUACCCCACCUCUAAUUCUCCGACGUAAAUCAUCUGUUUGGACGCUGGGAAAGCACAAGGACAAUGGAGAUGCUGUCAAACUUCCCAAAGAUUUCGUGCUUGAGUUCUGGGGUAUUUUAAGUGCGGAAGAAGGGGAUAUGGGGUGGAAGAGUGCAGUAAAGAACUUUACUGGCAUUAUUAAGAAAGGAAGCAAGACACCGAGUGGCUUGAACUUGCGCGAAAUUCCGACUUUGCUUGAAGUGUUCUCUUCUUACAUUCCUCCUGCUGGCUCUGGGUGCGCUGCAAAACACGUUCACCAAUCUCAUUUCCUUCAACUGCUUUACAAUGUUCUUCCCCGCUCGUCCUACUUCUCGCCCAUGACGAGAACACAAACUGAGAAAGAAAAAGAACUCCUCGCGCGACUCCGCACAGAAGUUCAGUCAUACAUGCUCGCUCCAUCACCCCUACCCAACGCUGAUAUCGCUUCGAGCGGACUUGCCACUCCUGAGAAAAAAAGCCCCGUCGGAAUCGGUCGUCCUAGAACACAAGACUCUGUGCGACGAAAGCCGAGCCCGGUGUGGGAUGGAGAUGUGAAUGAAAUGGUGAAAACAGUGGCUCAAGUGUGGGGUGUGAGGGGAGAGACGCUGGACAAGGAUGUUUUGGAGAUUAUGUCCGGUACGAUGUCUAUUGAGCAGUUUUACAUGGCUGAUUUGAAACGAGCAAUGACGAUUCUCUCCGCCCAACCUCCUCCCUUGACAAAUUCCCAAAAGAACCGCCAAACAUACCUCUCAAAAGCGCUUGCUAACAUCCUCAAAGACUUCCCUGAUCUGGCAACCCCGGUCCCCGCGUCAGAGUACAACUCACCUAUGAGUCCUCGAGGUGACCCUUCAAACACAUUCUUCACACCUCCUCGAACAGUGGAAGUUUUCGGCAGAUUGGCCGCACGCGCUGCAGAAGCUGGACAUGGAAGCAAGACCCGAGAUUUACUGGAGAGGUGUAGAGAGGUAUGGGGAAUCAGUAGUAAGCGAGAGAAGGAGAAAGAGAUUGAGGAGAUCAUAGCAAGAUGGGAGGAAAGCAUCGGCACAAGAGAAGAGCUUUCCCUUGCAAAGAUUAUUGCAGAUGGCAUUGGUCUUAUCACAAUUGGUCUUAGACCUGGAGACCCCCUACCAGCGGUCCUUUCCCAAAUUCUAAAACGGUUACUUGAUAUGGCAUCAAAGUCGUUAGGCACCAUCUUCCCCACAACCUCUUCAGUUCCCCCGGCACCUCCACCAUCCCUCCUUCUCAUAUUCAACUCUUCCCCGGAACUUUUUGCUUCCCAGCCAGAAGCAACCAAGGUUUUGGACAAAUUUUCGGAUGAGAUAAAGGGAUCUGCCAUUGCGGAGUACGUCGCUGCCGUGAAUAAUUACCUUGGAGGGGUCGGGAUGCGUGAUGAUCAGGUCGUGAAGGUUGGGAAUAGUGACAAGGAUCCGGUUGUAGAGGGACUGGAGAAAGUGGCGAUGUGGAUGGAGAGAGAGGUCUCGAACGUGAAAAAAAUCUGGGGAAGAGGAUUGCAAACCAUUCUUGACCCGGCAAGCAUUAUUAUCAAUCGUCAGCUUCCUCUUUUCUUAGCCGAGAUCCACAUCCUGCAAAAACCACGAGGCUCUGCUUCUGAUAUCUUCACUUUGUAUGAAACAAUUGGCAAGCUUCUCGAUUUGUGGGAUGAUCUCUGUUUUGAACAGGACCACGGGUUUGAUCUUGAUACUUUCUUUGAACCUCAUGUUCGAGCUUGGCUGAAGGAUACAGAGGUUAACAGGGUGGGACAGUGGGUGGAAAGGAGUGUUGGGAUGGAUAGCUGGGUCCCAGAAGGAGAGAACAGACACAGUCAAUCAGUCAUUGAUCUCUUUGAGUUUGUCCGUGGUUCGGCUCAAGUCAUCUUACACGAACUCCCUUUGGGCGAAUACAAACGUGCGGUCUAUCUCAUUGAUUAUUCUCGCACCGUCUCGUAUGCUGUCAACCAGUACGCUUCUAUCGUUCUGAGUUUGUUCAGGCAUGAUAUAAACCCCGUCAAGGCCCCUACGCCAGCUUCCGAAUUGCAAGGCAAAUUGGGAGGGAAGGCGGGAUCUUGGUUCGCUAAAGGUCAGCAAGCGGUGAAGAACCUCGAGAGAAAAAAGAUUGAAGGUUUCCUAAUCCCUCCUGCUGCUUGUGUUAAGCUCACCGACAUGGGCGCCGCCAAAACAUGCCUCGAAGAUAUGGCAUUUGCGAUGGAAGCUGAGAACACUGCACGUAUCAUCAAGGCUCGUCAUCUGAGUGGUGCUCAACCUGAUAAAUCAGUCAGACAUUUGUUCACAGUCAUGAUCUUAAGAGGCGAGGGCUUGCUUGGCAAGGGUCUCGUGAAAGCGGCGGACGGGUUUGUCGUUGUCUUGGAUAAGCAAUCGGGGGAGAGAUGUAUCAAAACAAAAACGGUCUUGGGGACAGAGGAUCCUAAAUGGGACCAAUCAUUUGAGGUUUCUGUUGGCGCUGUCAAGAUUCUCGAACUUCAGGUUUAUGAUCGUCAGCUCGUAGGCAAGCAUGAUCUCAUAGGUACAUCGACAUUCAAGCUCGACCCUCGUCUCUUCGCAGAUUACUCCACCCGCGACAUUGUGCUCCCGCUAAACCCUCGCGGCACCGUUCAUAUCCGCAUCAGCAUGGAAGGAGGAGAGAAGCAUGAUGUACAGUAUCACCUCGAUGCCGCCAGUAGAACAUGCGAUAGAGUCGCAAAAGAUAUGGUUAGGGAAAUCGUGGAUAAAAUGGGGGAAUUCAUCAAGGCGCAACUUUCAGUGGCUACGUUACAGACUCUCACGAAGCCUCUGAAGGAUAAGAAGAGGACGAAGAAUGCGUUGACAGAACAGGAAAUUGAGUAUAGUUUGGGGCCAUUGUUUGAAUACCUCAAUGAAAAUUUCUCCAUCUUCUAUGUUACCCUCACCUUCAACACCCGUAUCCGAGUCAUGCUCGCCAUUUGGCACCGCAUCAUUGAAGUAACCAUCUCUCUCCUGGUCCCUCCUCUGUCCGAUAAACCAUACCUUGCAUCUCCCCUUCCUCCUCAAGAAGUCGAUAUCAUUUUCAGAUGGCUUCAACUCUUGAAAUCAUUUUUUAACGCAGCCGAAGACGGAACUGAACUGGGUGUGCCGCUUGCGCAACUCCAAUCUGGGCCGUACAAAGAUAUUAUUAUGCUUGGGCAGUAUAUGGAUUUGCCAACGCCGAAGUUGAAAGAGAGGUGUAGUGCGGCGGUCAGGGCUGCAGGUGCAGGAAGAUCGAAUGGGCUGUCGAGCGGAAUGAAGGGAUCGAGCUUCGAAGGAGAUGAUAAUGAGAGGAUGGCGGAGGUACUACUGAGAAUUGCAAGGACAAGACCUGAUACGGCUGAGUUUCUGACUCAUGAGAUUACUCUGUUGACGAAAACGAGGGUUGAGAAGCAAGCCGGGGUCCUUUGAAAAAGUAGUUGUCUGUGAAUGGGGUCGGAUGCCUUCUGAAGGGAGUAAUAAUCUGAAUUCCAUCUGUUCGGCUUCGUUUCCUUUGGGUUUUGGGUUCCUGUUUGGGUUCCUGUUUGGGUUGAUGUGAAUACGAGCUUUUGUAUGCAUAGCGGUA